AUGGAAGCGGCCCCCAUCAACCCGUCCGACCUGGCCAUCCUCACCAGUAGCGCCGAUCUGGAAAACGCUGAGUACUCCGCCGGCAAGUUUGUCGCCAAUAUGCCCGAGCCCUUCUUCAGCGCGCAAAAGGGUCGACACGGCCAGCAACUGCCCGUCGGCAACGAAGGCGCCGGCAUGGUGAUUGCCGCUGGUGAACAGGCACAGGGCCUCAUCGGGCAGCGUGUGGCCUGCGUGCCUGGCAAUGCUUACUCCCAGUACUGUAUUGCCGAUGCCGGUAUGUGCUUGCCAUUGGGUGAUAUCUCCUCGGAGGACGGUGCUUCCGCGUUCGUGAAUCCCAUGACCGCGCUCGGUUUUGUUGAAACGGCACGUAUGGAAAACCAAAAAGCCAUCAUCCACCUUGCCGCAGCGUCGAACCUCGGCCAGAUGCUGGUCAAGAUUUGCCUUGAGGACAACUUGCCGCUCGUGAACAUCGUGCGGCGCGCCGAACACGUUGACCUGCUUAAAGGCCUCGGCGCCGAGCACGUCGUCAAUUCGUCGGCCGACGACUUCAUGGAUCAGUUACGCGGUGCCAUCGACGCUACGGACGCCUACUGCGGCUUUGAUCCCAUCGGCGGCGGCAGCAAUGUUGAUGCCUGCUUUAAAGCGAUGGAACAGGUCGCCGCGACCAAGAUGGCGGAGUUCUCUCGUUACGGUUCCACCCAGGAGAAAAAGAUGUACAUCUACGGGCGUCUGGAUCUGUCACCCACAGUGCUGACCCCGUCGUACGGUUUCGGUUGGACCCUUUCCGGUUGGCUGCUCACGCCGUUCCUGCAGACCGCCGGCAUGGACACCAUGAUGCGUAUGCGGCAGCGUGUGCUCGACGGCAUGACAACAACCUUUGCCAGUUCUUAUAAGAGCAAGGUCAAUCUGGAAGAGAUGCUCACCCGUGAUGCAGUGCUCGAUUAUCGGCAGAUGAAAACCGGCGAGAAGUACCUGGUCACGCCCCACGCUUGA